GACGCGACCAGCCGGAGCCACCGCGCCGCACCCGUUGUCAGGCCACCAGAGAAAACCUCGGAGUGACACGCCUUUCCCGGCACAGAGACCAGAAUGUCGUACAUAGACCCUUUCCAGCACAUCAUAGUGGAGCACCAGUACUCCCACAAGCUCACCGUGACAGUGCUCCGGGCCACCAAGGUGACCAAAGGCGCCUUCGGGGACUUGCUGGACACCCCUGACCCCUACGUGGAGCUGUUCAUCUCGGCCACCCCGGACAGCCGGAAGAGAACCCGGCAUCUCAACAAUGACGUGAACCCCGUGUGGAACGAGACCUUCGAGUUCAUCCUGGACCCGAAUCAGGACAACGUGUUGGAGAUCACGCUGAUGGAUGCCAACUACGUCAUGGAUGAGACGCUGGGGACAGCCACCUUCCCCGUCUCCUCCGUGAAAGUGGGAGAGAAGAAAGAGGUGCCUUUGGUGUUCAACCAAGUCACUGAAAUGAUUCUGGAAGUGUCUCUUGAAGUUUGCUCGUCCCCCGACCUCCGGUUCAGCAUGGCGCUGUGUGACCAGGAGAAGGCCUUCCGGCAGCAGAGGAAGGAGAACGUCCGGGCGAGCAUGAGGAAGCUCCUGGGUGCAGACGGGGCCGGGGACCUGAGCUCGGCUCGCGAGGUGCCGGUGGUGGCCAUUCUGGGCUCCGGCGGGGGCUUCCGCGCCAUGGUGGGCUUCUCCGGAGUGAUGAAGGCACUCUACGAGUCUGGCAUCCUGGACUGCGCCACCUACGUCGCGGGUCUCUCUGGCUCCACCUGGUACAUGUCGACCUUGUACUCUCACCCUGACUUUCCAGCAAAGGGGCCAGAGGAGAUUAAUGAAGAGCUCAUGAAAAACGUCAGCCACAACCCUCUCUUACUGCUCACUCCCCAGAAAGUGAAAAGAUACGUCGAGGCUUUGUGGAAGAAGAAAAGUUCUGGCCAACCUGUGACUUUCACUGACAUAUUUGGGAUGUUAAUCGGAGAAACGCUGAUCCACAAUAGAAUGGACUUGACCUUGAGCAGCUUAAAGGACAAAGUCGACUCAGCUCAGUGCCCGUUACCCCUUUUCACCUGCCUCCACGUCAAGCCUGAUGUGUCGGAGUUAAUGUUCGCAGAUUGGGUUGAAUUUAGUCCAUAUGAGAUUGGCAUGGCCAAGUAUGGCACGUUUAUGGCCCCUGACUUAUUUGGAAGCAAGUUUUUUAUGGGGAAAGUUGUGAAGAAAUACGAAGAAAACCCUUUGCAUUUCUUAAUGGGUGUCUGGGGAAGUGCCUUUUCUAUCUUGUUCAACAGAGUCUUGGGAGUUUCUGGGUCCCAAAACAAAGGUUCCACGAUGGAAGAAGAAUUAGAAAAUAUCACAGCCAAGCACAUAGUCAGUAACGACAGCUCUGACAGCGACGAUGAAUCCCAGGGACCUAAAGGCACCGAGGGCGAGGACGCCGAGAGGGAGUACCAGAAUGACUGCCAGGCCAGCUGGGUGCAGCGCAUGCUCAUGGCGCUGGUCAGCGACUCGGCGCUCUUCAACACCAGGGAAGGCCGCGCCGGGAAGGUGCACAACUUCAUGCUGGGCCUCAACCUCAACACCUCGUACCCGCUGUCGCCACUGAGGGACUUCGCCACGCAGGAGUCCUUGGACGAGGACGAGCUGGACACAGCGGUAGCAGACCCCGACGAAUUCGAGCGCAUCUACGAGCCCCUGGAUGUGAAGAGCAAGAAGAUCCACGUGGUGGACAGCGGCCUCACCUUCAACCUGCCCUACCCACUGAUCCUGCGGCCACAGCGGGGCGUAGACCUCAUCAUCUCCUUCGACUUCUCGGCCCGGCCCAGUGACUCCAGUCCGCCCUUCAAGGAACUUCUCCUUGCAGAAAAGUGGGCUAAAAUGAACAAGCUGCCCUUUCCGAAGAUUGAUCCUUAUGUGUUUGAUCGGGAAGGGCUGAAGGAGUGCUAUGUCUUCAAACCCAAGAACGCGGAUAUGGACACAGACUGCCCCACCAUCAUCCACUUUGUUCUGGCCAACAUCAACUUCAGGAAGUACAAAGCUCCAGGUGUUCCCAGAGAAACCAAGGAAGAGAAGGAAAUAGCAGAUUUUGAUAUUUUUGAUGACCCAGAAUCGCCCUUUUCCACCUUCAACUUCCAAUAUCCGAACCAGGCUUUCAAGAGGCUACAUGAUCUGAUGCAUUUCAACACCCUCAACAACAUCGACGUGAUCCGGACAGCCAUCGCCGAGAGCAUCGCCUACAGAAGGCAGAAUCCUUCUCGCUAUUCCGUGUCCCUCAGCAGCGUGGAGGCCAGACGCUUCUUUAACAAGGAUUCUCUGAGCAAACCCUCCGCCUAGUUGGCACUGGGGCCCAGGGGGAUGGCGCCAAAUGCUUCACAACUGGAUUUGAAAAGACAGCACUGACCCCAGUUCCCAUCCAGUGCCCACCCAGCCCAUGACUCACCACAGUCCACACCUCAUACCCACCUUAGUAUUCAUCCUAGUACCCACCCCAGUACCCAUACUAAUACCCACACCUGUACUGGACCCAGUACCUGCCUCAGUACCCACACCAGUAUUUACCCCAUCAUCUAGUACUUAACCCAGGACUUACCAGACUGACUGAAGCUCAGAGUUUCAACUUUCUGGCUGUGUGAAGAGAAUUCCCUUCCCUGGCAAGCAGACAAUGUUGAUCACGUAAAAAUACACUUUGCUGCAUUUUCUGUCAGCACAGAUUUCCUGAGGCAGAGGUCAGGGCCAUACACUGUCUUUUUCCAGGACAUUCCUUUAUCAAGUAUUUUAUGCAUCCUGUUUUUUUUUUUUUUUAAAUAUGUGGUUUCUUUGUAGACCAAUGAACUGUUGCAGUCUGAGAAAGUAAGACUAUAUCGUGUGUGAAUGAUAUUCACUGGCUGGACUUAGUCAUGCUCUGAGACAACACUAUUUUUUUUAUUUACAUGUGCACAUAAUACGUAUAUAAAGUAAA